AUGAUCGCUUCGCCGGCGGCCGUCGACUCCAGUGUCAUUACUGAGAACUACCCAAGCAGAAGAGGCUCCCGUGACACAAGGUCCGAUGGCAAUAUUCAGCUAGCUCUGCCAGAGCCACCUGUGUCUCAGCAAGGAACCGAUGCGUACGCAGAGGAGACGUUCGACUUCAUGGAGUGCAAUAUGGAGGAUACCCUUACUGGCUUCACUCCGCCCGACGACUUUUUCGCGACAAUGGGAGAAUAUGCAUCGGAUGCACAUGGUGUAACGCAGUCGAUGCCUUUACUCAGCCCGCUCAAUACUCCGAUGGCUGAUAAGGCGACUAACACCCUCACGGAAGACAGCAUCUCGCCGUCUCGAACCUCGCCAUUUGACAAAAUGAGCAGUAAUAACCAGUGCGACCCUUUACGGCAACUAUCGCAGCUGGACCACGACCUCAUCGUACUUUGUUCAAAGCUUGAACAAGCCACGCCUGAGGUCCUGAUGCAUGCCCUCUUUGAGGUGGGAGAGGGCGACUCGUCUUAUUCGGGGGUCAUGAAAGAUAUUCUCGAAAAGACAACCCGCUAUCCUGCAUCCCUAAUACGGAACGGUCGUCUCUCUCUUCGAAACAAACUUCUCCUGUCGCCUACAGUAGGAGAGUGA